AUGGUCAUGGUCAUGAUUGGUUCCAUCACCAUGCAGCCCGUGGCAAUUCGAAUCAUUCCCAAACUACUCAACGAACAACUGCCACCAACAAGCUCGGUACUCCAGUUUUAUUUGGUGAUAAGCCUAUUCUUCCACUGGGGUCUCCUCAUACAUCAGCCGGCCCCAGCAUACAUGAAGGAUAAUGUCAACAACUUCUUUGGCAGCGCUCCUGACCAUGGUUCAAUGGCUGGCCCUGUGUUGGGUCCAAUGAAUUCAUCGAUGAUUACUGAUAUGCAUGGAUCUAUCCACACGCGAGAUUCUGACAGUGACGAUUACUGGCUGUCCAACCUUGGUAGUAAAGGGCAGAUGCCACAUGCCCCAUCUGGAUAUCAAUACUUCCGUAAUGUUAAGGACUUUGGCGCCAUCGGUGAUGGGAAAACAGACGACACAGCAGCCAUCAAUCGUGCUGUAUCCGCUCUCAGUUCGUCGGAUCAUUCUCCGGCCCGCUGUGGAAAAGAUUGUGGCUCAACCUCCACUCUGGGCGCUGUGGUAUAUUUCCCUGAAGGCAUUUAUCUGAUCACCACUCCUAUUGUUCAGUACUACUACACCCAGUUUGUUGGAAAUCCUGCAAGUAAGCCUACAAUUAAGGGCGCUAGGAAUUUUACCGGCAUUGCUUUGAUCGACUCUGACUUUUAUGUGCCCGGGGCGGAUGGAGCUGAAUGGUAUAUCAAUCAAAGCAAUUUCUAUCGACAGAUUCGAAAUUUUGUCUUUGAUAUGACUGCCAUGAACUGGACCAAUACUGAUAGCAACCAAACAUACGUCCCUGCUGGUAUCCAUUGGCAAGUUGGACAGGCCACCUCCAUCACCAACUGCGAUUUCGAAAUGUCUGUAUCUACAGCAAGCCAGUCAGCAACGGCUGUGGGUAUCUUCAUGGAGAACGGUAGUGGUGGAAUGGUUUCUGAUUUGAAAUUUACCGGCGGAAACAUUGGUUUUUUAGCGGGAAGUCAGCAGUUUACGGCCAUCAAUCUCAGAUUCACCUCGUGCUUAACAGCCAUCAAAUCCAUAUGGAAUUGGGGCUUUACCUGGAAAGAAAUCCAUGUUUUGUCUUGCUACAUUGCUAUCGAUGCCACUGAGUACUCCGGUGUUGGAGACCAGGGAACUGGCUCCAUUGCCGUGGUAGACUCACAUUUUGACGGCGUGCCAUAUGCUAUCACCAUUGCACACGAAAAGGAUCAACAGCCCAGUGUCGUGCUUGACAAUUUGCUGGUGGAGAACUCUGCCUCUGUUGUUCUCAUAUCCGGUGGAGACACCCUUUUGGCCGGCAGUACUGAUGCCCUCUACUUUGACUCCUGGGUCAGUGGCUAUCAAUUUCUUCCUGACGGUUCAGGACAAAAGAAAACUGGAUUCGUUGACCCAGCUCCGAACAAGCCUUCGCAACUUCUGGACAGCUCGGGUGCCUAUUAUCGGCGGGCGAAGCCACAAUAUGAGUCAGAUACUCCUGUUGUGGCGACAGAUCACGGCAUCUCAAAUGACGGAGCUGGCGACCAGUCCUCUGCAAUAAAUAGUCUUCUAUCAGGAAAUCUCGGGUCUGUCAUCUUUUUCCCUGCUGGUAUCUAUCAAGUGAAAAGCACAAUCAAAGUUCCCGUUGGAACUAAAAUCGUCGGCUCAGGAUGGAGUCAGAUCAUGGGUACCGGGUCGAAGUUUGAGGAUGAAAGUAAUCCUACCGUCCUCGUGCAGGUCGGUGAGAAAGGCGAGCAAGGUGUUGUCGAAAUCUCAGAUAUGCUUUUCACAGUCAAGGGCGCUACGGCAGGUGCAGUCCUCAUGGAGUGGAACAUACACGAAAGCGAACAGGGAAGUGCGGCCAUGUGGGACAGUCACUUCCGUGUUGGAGGUACCACUGGCUCUGAUCUCGGAUUAUCUGAGUGUCCAGCAGGGGGGAAUGCAGACGACAAAGACUGCAUGGCGGCAUUCCUUUUGCUACAUCUCACUGAUGAAUCAUCCGGGUACUUCGAGAACGUUUGGGCUUGGGUGGCCGAUCACGAUAUCGACAGCCCUCUCAAUGCUGGUGCAACGGAGAGUACUUCAGGUAUUCCUCAAAAUGUCCGGACGGACAUUACAGUUUACUGCGGUCGCGGUAUUCUGAUCGAGUCCCAGGGUCCUACCUGGCUCUAUGGCACAGCAAGCGAGCAUUCGCAGAUGUAUCAGUACCAAUUACAGAACGCCGCAAAUGUGUACAUGGGUCAUAUGCAGACAGAGACGCCCUAUUAUCAGCCUCAACCCAAUGCUUUGAGCCCCUACCAACCUGGUGAUCUGUCAUCUGAUCCGACCUACGCCGAUUGUUCAGACGAUCUGUGCAAGAGUGCGUGGGCACUGCGUGUGCUCAAUUCCACCGAUGUGUUCAUCUAUUCCGCUGGAUUCUAUUCUUUUUUCCAGAACUACGACGAAGGAUGCGUUGACGACGAGGAUUGCCAACAGUCCCUGAUUCAAACAAACUUCGCGAACAACUUGUGGAUGUACAAUAUCUUCACUAUAGGCAAUGUGGAGAUCGUGUCUCCUGAAGGAGACCUGCCUGCAUUGCGGUUCAAUUCGACCACGCGGAAUGGAUUUACCAGUGAAAUUGCUGCAUGGCUUGCACUCUCAAGUGGUGGCGACACGAUUGGAUCAAGCGGUAAUGAUUCCGGAAUCGUGUAUAUUGAUCCGUCGCUGUGGGAUGAGCCGGAUGAUGAUACAAAUGUCUUUUGUAACGAGCCUUGCACUUACGUCCUACCCCCAACGACGCUCCCAACACCAGGCACUUGGGUCUAUCCUCCUCUCGUCACACAAAUUGGAGUUGGUAUCGAAAUUCCCACAAACAUAGUGUACUUGGGGAGCACGAUCAACACUACUACGUACAUCACGACCACGACUACUACUACCAUCUCCAUCCCUGAUUACCACGGUUCCGUGGUGCCGUACUGGAAUGUGGUGAUCCCGCCUGGUGUGGUCUCUUCAGUCUUUACGCCGACCCCCAGCAUCAUUCAAACUGCCUUCAACAUCACCUGGCCUCCUUUCAAACAUAGUGGAACUACGUACCCUGGGACGGUCGUUCCAUUUUACCCACCCCCUUGGGACUCAGUCAGUCCCACUCAGACCCCUUCCCCGGGGAAGACUGCAACGCCAACCAGCUCUUCUUCGGGUGGGGAAGAGGCCACUGAGCCGACAAAGUCAACAAGUGGAAAAGAAACGAACUCUAGAGGAACCAAAACCACAUCGGGUGGUGGCUCCAAGACUACAGGUGGAGGAGAUGAUGAGCACCAUAGUGGGCAUCGCCAAAUUACGCAUCACCAUGGACCAGCACACCCGACGUGUACAAAUCGCAUCCUCUGCGGCAUAUCAUGCCACGAGGGAAUAUCAGGUCUGAUCAGCAGUAUUUUCCAUGUCUGCCACCCAUGCUUCACAAACUGCGGUGGGUCUGAAUCACCAAACAAGGACCCUAACAACCCGAAUAACCCCGAUCCUGAAAAUGAUCCUAAUAAUGAUCCUUCGUCAACCUGGACAGAGUGUUCGACAAAAACAUACAGCUCAUGCAGCACCUCCUGCGUCACAGCGAGCUCGACCAGCUCUUGCUCGUCCACAUGCAGAGAUAUUGUGGGCUGUGAUACAACUGGCAUCUCCACCCUUGAUGGCUACACACUAGCCCCGAUAAUCACGGGCACCGUGGAGAUCUGGUCUGACGUCGCAGACGAUGGACCGACGGAUUUUUCUGCGGACUGGGUUGCAGCUGAAUCGAUUUACCAACGCGAGACUUCCACAGCUAGCUCCACUAUCAGCACAAUCACCAAUGUCGCUCUGGAGACCGGAACCGCCACCGUGAUAGUUACCGAUAUCGUUGGCUGGGCCUCAGUCGCUGCUGCAUCGCGAUACGAGUUCCGCGGAAAUGUGGAGACUGAUUAUAAUCUCAACUUUAAUAAACCAUUCGCGACAAAUGAUGUCUGUACAGCAGGAUAUUGGUACAAUUAUGGUGUUGGAAGUCCUAAACCGAAGGCAUGGUCGGAUAUUCCACAAAGCGUAAGCUUCUUUUCGACGCUCACGGUCAACGAUGAGAAGUACUCGAAGUGUGUUUACACGAACGCGGCAGCUCCGAGUGCUGGUGAUGGCGGCACGCUAUCCUGUGACGGCCUUUCCUUAAGUUGCUACGUAUUCAUCCAGUCGGUGCUUGGGUGUAACGCGGAUGCGCUCAUUACAUACGAUACGAAAGUCAAACCGCUCAUUGGAUGUCCCAUUACAUCGACAUCGACAAGGUAUUAUACGACAGUUAACUCGCACAAGACAGGAACUGUGGUGACUGCGAUAGCGCAAGCCCCUUACUAA